CGGGUGUGAAAACAUCCGGACGUCAACACGCCUGAGAGUUGUGCAGAGUUGAUGUGGCACCCGCAGCAGGUUGAAGACAUUGAACUUGACCAGGAUCUGACACGCUGAAUUGUUUUGUAGGACUGGUAUAAAGAUUGUGAUCAGCAUGUUGCUGCAGAGAUUGUCUCUGUGCUCCUGGCUCUCUGUGAGACCAAACCCCCUCCAGAGCUUCACAAGAUCGGUUUCUCUUGGAAAAAUGCCGCUUGUGCGUGCUCAUGGUAAGUCAUUUGCACACCGCAGUGAAUUGCGCCAGGCCAAGAGGGUCGUGGUGAAGCUGGGGAGUGCUGUGGUAACUCGAGGCGAUGAAUGUGGCCUGGCGCUUGGAAGGCUCGCCUCUAUUGUAGAACAGGUGGCAAUGCUACAGAACCAAGGCAGAGAAAUGAUGAUCGUCACAAGUGGAGCUGUAGCAUUUGGGAAACAGAGACUGAGGCAUGAGAUUCUUCUCUCUCAGAGUGUCAGACAAGCCCUUCAUUCAGGACAGAACCAACUUAAAGACAUGUCUCUGCCUGUUUUGGAGGCGAGGGCGUGUGCUGCUGCAGGACAGAGUGGACUGAUGGCGCUGUAUGAAGCCAUGUUUACUCAGUACAGCACCUGCACAGCACAGAUCUUGGUCACAAAUUUGGACUUCCAUGAUGACCAGAAGAGACGAAAUCUGAACAGCACGCUGCACGAGCUUCUGCGUAUGAACAUCGUGCCCAUUAUCAACACUAAUGACGCAGUGGUGCCUCCCCCAGAACCUAACAGUGACCUGCAGGGUGUAAAUGUCAUCAGCGUUAAGGACAAUGACAGUUUGGCAGCACGGCUUGCAGUGGAGAUGAGAGCCGAUCUCCUUAUUGCUCUCUCUGAUGUAGAAGGUGUUUACGACAGCCCUCCUGGGUCCGAUGAUGCUAAAUUACUUGACACUUUCUAUCCCGGGGACCAGCAGUCUAUAACCUAUGGCACCAAAUCCAGGGUUGGCAUCGGAGGAAUGGAAGCUAAGGUAAAAGCUGCUCUCUGGGCUCUUCAGGGAGGCACAUCGGUAGUCAUUGCUAACGGCACUCACCCUAAAGUCACAGGUCAUGUCAUCACCGAUAUUGUAGAGGGCAAGAAAGUGGGCACAUUCUUCUCUGAGGUCAAACCUGCUGGACCCACAGUGGAGCAGCAGACAGAAAUGGCUCGCACUGCAGGGAGGACACUGGCUUCACUUCUUCCUGAGCAGAGGAGUGAGAUCAUUUAUGCCAUGUCUGAUCUUCUGACUGAAAAGAGAGAUGAAAUUCUGUCAGCUAAUAAGAAGGACAUUGAACUGGCUGUGAAUUCAGGUCGUAUGCCUCCUGCCAUGCUCAAGCGGCUUAGUUUGUCAUCGGCAAAGCUGAGCAGUCUGGCCAUCGGCCUGAGGCAGAUUGCUGUGUCCUCUCAGAAUAGUGUGGGACAAGUACUGCGCAGAACUCGUUUGGCCAACAACCUGGAGCUGGAGCAGAUCACUGUGCCCAUAGGGGUAUUACUCGUCAUCUUUGAAUCUCGUCCAGACUGCCUGCCUCAGGUGUCCGCAUUAGCUAUUGCUAGUGGAAAUGCUUUGCUGCUAAAAGGUGGAAGGGAGGCAGCUAACACCAACCGUGUCUUACAUGAACUAGCACAGGAGGCUUUAUCUAUACAUGGUGUAAGAGAUGCAGUCCAACUGGUAAGCACACGUGAGGAGGUAGAAGACUUGUGUCGCCUGGAGAAGAUGAUCGAUCUCAUCAUUCCUCGCGGUUCGUCUCAGCUGGUCAGAGAUAUCCAGCGGGCUGCUAAAGGCAUUCCUGUGCUGGGUCACAGCGAGGGCGUCUGCCAUGUCUAUGUUGACCACGAGGCCAGCAUUGACAAAGUCGUAAAAAUUGUCAGAGACUCGAAAUGUGAUUACCCAGCAGCCUGCAAUGCUAUGGAAACCUUGCUAGUUCACAGAGAUGUGCUUCGGUCCCCACUGUUUGAUCAGAUCAUUGACAUGCUGAGAAUAGAAGAGGUGAAGAUACACGCUGGCCCCAAGUUUGCAUCAUACCUGACCUUCAGCCCAUCUGAGGUAAAGUCACUCCGUACAGAGUAUGGAGACCUGGAGUGCUGCAUAGAAGUGGUAGACAGCAUGCACGAGGCAGUUGAUCACAUUCAUAAAUAUGGCAGCUCCCACACAGAUGUCAUCAUCACUGAAAAUGAGGAGACAGCAGAGCAGUUCCUGCAGUUAGUGGACAGUGCCUGUGUGUUCUGGAAUGCCAGUUCACGGUUUGCAGAUGGAUAUCGCUUUGGUCUUGGUGCAGAGGUUGGUAUCAGCACUGCACGUAUUCAUGCUCGUGGACCCGUAGGCCUGGAGGGGCUUCUCACCACUAAAUGGGUUCUCAGAGGAGAUGGCCAGACAGCUGCAGACUUUUCUGAGCAAGGCAAUAUGAAGUUCCUGCAUGAGAAUCUCCCUGUUGCUUAUCCACUGCCUGGACAUAGAACGUCGUCUAACUAGCACCAGUCAAAAAUAAAAUCCCUUUCAAGAUGCACAACGUCCACUACUCGAAAGAACUCUACCGGGAUCAUGGGGAUUUGUAAUCUGAAAACAUAUAGUAACAAGGAAUUGCAAAGAACUUAAAGGCUAAAAGUUAAAUAGCUGGUAUAACAAGCUGUAGAUCACAUAUAUUGGAAGCAUUAAAAGCACUUGACCAUUAAGUAAUUGGUAGACAACAUUUUCUCCAGUCCCAGUUUGGUAACAAAUACAAAGAAAAACAGUGUUGUCGUUUUGCCUGCACGUUCUGAUGGCUUGAUGAGUAUAAAAUGAUCACAUAUUCUGGACUUUCAAUCCCACUAAACAUCAGUGAGUGAUUUUGGAUUAACGUGUUAGGCAGCGAGCUUUAACACUGUCAUCAAACCACUGAUUUGGUAAUAAAUUUUGGAAGAAUGGCAUUAAUCUCUUUUGGACAAUUCAGAGACUUCUUAGCUUAGGCCAAUGUACCUUGGCAAAGAUACUUGUUUUUUUUCCUUUGUCACUUGUCUGUAGCUUAUGAGAUUUGGCUUUCUUGCUCCCAUGUGGUUUUGUACAAUAUUAAAGCUAUGAAACAAAUGUGUUUGGAGCAAAAUCAAAACCAUUUAAGAUUAAAUUAUUGUUGUCCAUUAAAUCAUGCAUAGGCUUUCGUGUUCACAAAUGUAAUCUGUGAAUCUCUGGAUUGCCUGCUGUGAAUCGUGACUGUGGCUACUCUGUGCAAUAAUGUAACUUCGAGAACCAUUCUGAGGAAAGUUGUAUUGUAAUGCUUUUGCUUAAAAUCCAAAAUGUUUUUUUUACUCUUAAUCUAAAAACUGAACAAGUGCAUCACUGUCCUGAGUUACUGUCUCGCAUGAGGAUCGGACAAAUUCUGAAAGAAUUUCUCCUUUUAAAAACAAUUCAUAUUUUUCAUAUCACAGUGGUUUAAUUUAUUUAAGUUUUGAUUUCAAAACUAGCCAGACUUUGUUGUUUGGUAGAGACAAUAAACACUACAGAUUUUAAUAGAAAAAGGAAAUUAAAGAAAGACUCUGCUGCAGGUUCCAUUUCCAGCUUACUGUGUAUUGUGCUGUUAGCAAGAGUGUCUACUGCUGAUGUGUUUAUCUUCUUCAUUGGAAAGGACGGUAGUAUUUCAAAAUUGCAGCCGUUUGGUUUUUAAUGUCAGCCAGUGAUCAUGUUCAGUAAUGUUUAUAUCUGAAUUGUACAUUAAAAUUUUGCAGAAUAAGCGUUUCCAA